CUGUAGCUGGUUUGAGCUUUUCUUCAUUUCCAUUUUCUGCUAUGUCUUUUUCUAUCUUCUGGCUUUCUUCCUUUAACUCUCUCUGUUCAUAUCCAUUCUUCUUUCCCUCUUUCAUAUUAAAAUCAUCACUUCUGUGUCAUAAAGCUCCUUGGUUGAAGAGUAGGUGGAGAGGGAUAUACGCACACAGAAAAAACGAAGAGAUUUUGGGUAAAAGAAGAAGCUAAGAAAUUGUAAGAAGGUUUUGAAGAAUGAGUGCGUCUAGGUUCAUAAAGUGUGUCACCGUUGGCGACGACACUUUUCCCACUGAUUGCGUCCCAACUGUAUUCGACAAUUUUAGUGCAAAUGUGGUUGUCGAUGGGAGCACUGUCUAUCUGGGGCUGUGGGAUACUGCAGGUCAGGAGGAUAGAUUAAGACCGUUGAGCUAUCCUGAGGCAGAUGUAUUUAUACUGGCGUUUUCUCUCAUUAGCAAAGCGAGCUAUGAAAAUGUCUCCAAAAAGGUGAGUUCCUCUCCUGCAUCCUGCCUCUAACUUUCAAUUUUUUUUUUGCUGUACUUGGCCGGGAGAUGAACUUGUGGGAACAUUAAUGAAACCUGUCGGUCCCAUUAAGUUGAAGUAAGUCCAUGAAUAACAUUGGCUUGUGUUAGUUUAUAGAUAUGUAUAGUGUAGUCUUGUCCCACAUUGGAAGAGGAGUAAUAUCUCCUUGUAGUGUAUAGCUAUAA